AAACAGUGAACUUCCGCUUCCAACAUGGCAAUGUAUCUUCACCGACAAAUACUACUUUUUGGACUUUUGAGCUCUGUGUUUGCAUUUCCAGAACAGGGAAUAUUUGAGUUUAAUCUUACAAAAAGCAAAUCCAGUUAUAUAGUUGCGAAGAGUCUCUUCAAUGGAACAGAAAUCUCAUUACGAGUUCUACUUGACUGCCCUUCGUCACAAUCUACACCCUUAAAAUUGUCAUGGAUGUUGAGAGAAACGAAUUGCCUGGGAGAUCUUUUUGCUUUAGCUAAUGACCACGAUGACAAUACUGGAGCUAUACUUUUCAAGCCAGAUUUGGAUAUUCAAGGCUUAAACUUGUAUCGUUUAGUUUAUUAUAAAAGUAGCACUGAUGAAAUAUCUUGCGAAUCAACGAACAAUCUGCAAGAUUUGUCUGGCACCCCUCCAGAAGUUGCAACUUUACAAGCACAAACAAGCACCGGUCUUGUCACCCCCACUCCUUUAGCUACUAAAGCUACUAAAGCUACAGUUAAAGCUACUGAUGAUAAAGGUAAAGCUACUGAUAAUCACAGGAAAAGAAGAGAAGCGAAAACAGCAGCUCCGGAGCCUACUCCUACUACAAGCUCAGAUAGAAUAUAUAAAGCUUGGAAGGACGGAAUUUACAUAUUUAUAGUUAGAGUGGAAUCCUUAGAUGAUUCAAUAACAGCGAAUGUCGUCCUUUCAAUGAAAGGAAAACAUGGAUAUCUGUCAGCAAUUGAUUGGCCAUUUUUACCAUUUUAUGGUGUCAUGUGUGCUCUAUACGUCAUUUACGCUUUAGCCUGGCUCAUAAUGUCUGCUAUGAAUUGGAGAGAUCUUCUUCGUAUUCAAUUCUGGAUCAGUGCUGUAAUUUUACUUGGAUUAGUGGAAAAGGCAGUCUAUAUUGAAGAUUAUCGCUCGAUUAGCCAUACUGGAAAAAGUUUAAAAGGAGCUAUGUAUUUUGCUUUAUUUUUGACAAGUUUGAAACGAACGCUUGCGAGGAUACUGAUUGUUAUUGCAUGUCUUGGAUAUGGAAUCGUGAAACCUCGUUUAGGGAAUCAAUUACAACGAGUUUUAGCAUUAGCGUUCUUGUUCUUUUGUUUUUCAUAUGCUGAUGAAGUUCAAAAAGUCAGAAAUCAUAGAGGUUAUAACAAGGGAAAAGGAGACUUUUUCACAGCAAUUCCUUUAGCUGUAAUUGAUGCCUUGUUCUGUUGGUGGAUCUUCACUAGUUUGUUUUCAACUAUGAAAACUUUGAGAAUUCGCAGAAAUGUUGUUAAGUUAUCGCUAUAUAACCAUUUUACUAAUACUCUAGUAUUAGCAGUGUUAAUUUCAAUUGGUUAUAUGAUUUGGUCAUUAGUUGAACAUCGUUUCUCCAAAUGUCUUCCUGGUUGGAAAGGAAUUUGGAUAGACGAAGCCUUCUGGCAUUUCAGCUUUUCCUUUGUAUUGGGAAUUAUAAUUGUUCUUUGGCGACCAACCAUCAAUAGCCAGAGAUUCGCCUCCACUCCGUUACUUGAUGAUGUCGAUGAUGAAGAGAAUGAAACAAAUUUGAAUGAAUCAUUCGGUGCAAAAAAGAGAACCACGAUUACCUCCAACGGCCCUCCCACCAAUAAGGAGACAAAGAAUAAAAAAGCAGAGGAAGACUUAAAAUGGAUCGAUGAGAACAUUCCAACAACAGUAGUGGAGUCAUCAUUGCCCAAUUUGAUAAAUGAUUCGGAUGAAGAAAUAUUGAACACUAAAUUUGAAAUAUCAAAAAUGGACUAAAUGUUUGGUAUUUUUAACAUUUUAACAGAAUAUUAUGAUGCAUAAAAUUAUUAGGAGAAUAAGACUGCUUAUCAAAUUUUUGACAGUAUAUCUUUCUUGUUUUCUUUGGAUGGUGGUUGAUUGGUGUGUUGCUUUUUUUUGUAUGUCAUUCUAUGUUAAUUGUGGGUAUGUUUUUAUAAAAAUUUCAACAUCAUAAUUAACAAAUUUCAUUUGAUCAUUUGAAAAUAGUACCAAACAUGUGGACAGUUAUAUAUCUAAUCACAUUUCAUUAUGUAUUAUAAAUAUACUUUAUUGAAUACUUUUGAAUUUACCAGAAUAUUUUUCUUCAUAUUAUUUUUCUUAUAUUGUAAAAAUGCUAUUAUUUUUUUGUUGGAAAUUUAAUUCAAAUUAUGCAUUUUCUUUUCUGAAUUGAACAGUUUAAACCAGCAGAAUUCUAUAAUUUUUCUUGAAGAUAAUGUGAAAAAAAAGCUAUGAAAAAAAAGAAUGUGGAAACUAUGUCAAAAGUCGGAAAAAACGCUUUGUAUAUUUUCGUUUUUACAACAAAUUCCUUUUAACCAAAGAUAUUUGAUUGAUUAUAUUUUUUAAUUUUCUCACAAAAAAAGGCAGCAGAUAAUUGUUGUUUUUACACGAUUUUUCAUUAUUUACCCAAAAGGAGUUGCAUUUUUAAAAUACAUUAAACAAAGUGAAAAGGAGAAGCAGCAACAGCUUUUAUUAUCUAAAUUCUAA